UCGACAAAGCGGUUGGGUGCAGUGUCUAUUUUUAGACCCUGACGUGUGCUGUUGGCGCAGGCGUGUAGGGGCACGUGACGCUGUACUUCACUUCCUGUCGCCAGCAGACGGAGGGCAAAUAAACGCUUCGAAAAGAUAAGAAAAAAAAGCAUAAAGGAAAAUGCAGAUCUUUGUCAAGACACUGACAGGCAAAACGAUCACUUUGGAGGUGGAACCAUCUGACACCAUUGAGAAUGUCAAGGCCAAAAUCCAAGACAAGGAGGGCAUCCCACCAGACCAGCAGCGUUUGAUCUUUGCUGGCAAGCAGUUAGAAGACGGCCGCACUCUGUCAGACUACAACAUCCAGAAAGAGUCCACCCUUCACUUGGUUCUGCGCCUGCGUGGUGGCAUGCAGAUCUUUGUAAAGACCCUGACUGGCAAGACAAUCACACUGGAGGUGGAGCCAUCUGACACCAUUGAGAAUGUCAAGGCCAAAAUCCAAGACAAGGAGGGCAUCCCACCAGACCAGCAGCGUUUGAUCUUUGCUGGCAAGCAGUUAGAAGACGGCCGCACUCUGUCAGACUACAACAUCCAGAAAGAGUCCACCCUUCACUUGGUUCUGCGCCUGCGUGGUGGCAUGCAGAUCUUUGUAAAGACCCUGACUGGCAAGACAAUCACACUGGAGGUGGAGCCAUCUGACACCAUUGAGAAUGUCAAGGCCAAAAUCCAAGACAAGGAGGGCAUCCCACCAGACCAGCAGCGUUUGAUCUUUGCUGGCAAGCAGUUAGAAGACGGCCGCACUCUGUCAGACUACAACAUCCAGAAAGAGUCCACCCUCCACUUGGUUCUGCGCCUGCGUGGUGGCAUGCAGAUCUUUGUAAAGACCCUGACUGGCAAGACAAUCACACUGGAGGUGGAGCCAUCUGACACCAUUGAGAAUGUCAAGGCCAAAAUCCAAGACAAGGAGGGCAUCCCACCAGACCAGCAGCGUUUGAUCUUUGCUGGCAAGCAGUUAGAAGACGGCCGCACUCUGUCAGACUACAACAUCCAGAAAGAGUCCACCCUUCACUUGGUUCUGCGCCUGCGUGGUGGCAUGCAGAUCUUUGUAAAGACCCUGACUGGCAAGACAAUCACACUAGAGGUGGAGCCAUCUGACACCAUUGAGAAUGUCAAGGCCAAAAUCCAAGACAAGGAGGGCAUCCCACCAGACCAGCAGCGUUUGAUCUUUGCUGGCAAGCAGUUAGAAGACGGCCGCACUCUGUCAGACUACAACAUCCAGAAAGAGUCUACCCUUCACUUGGUUCUGCGCCUGCGUGGUGGCUAUUAAAUAAAUAUUUGUUAGCGAAAAGUUCCUUAUUGAUGUGACCUUUAAUCACUCUAGUCUUUCUCAUCUUGCUUUUCGGCAUAUUUGCUCCUCUUUUGUUCUUGAAGUAAGUUUCAUUUGCUUGUGUCUUUGGACUUUUUUAAUUACAGCUAAUUCUGCAUAUCUAUGAAACUCUUCGAUAAUAAUAUUGAUCAGUUGAAAUUAAAACUACAGUGAUAGCAGAUUGGUCAGUUGCUGUUGAAGACCAUGCGAAAAUGUGUGCAUAUAUGGUUCACUACCAAUUGUCCCAGGGGAAUCUAGUGGUUCAAUGGUUAGUGCCUGUACUCCAGUACUGUGGAAGGUUGGCUGUUCUUUCUCUGCAUGUGGUUCACAAGGCUGGCUGCUUUGCUAUGAUAUCGCCUUAGUUGCUGGCUCAGCGUAAUGAUUACUGACCCACCCAUUGCCAUAUAGUAUUGAGGCAUUCUGCUAAGCCAUGUAAAUUUAAUGUUUUUAGUACUGCGAAAAUUUUGUUUUCAAAUGCCCUAUUAAUCCUUCGGAAUUGAGAUAUCUCUGUUACACCUGAUCGGUUAAGAUACGGCUAGAAGGAAAUAGACAUAAUGGGGAUCUGAUCUUGUAGUCUUCAGUCACGAUGAAUAUCUCCUUGUAAUCUUCCUAACUGCUCCGACAACUUGAAUCUUACUCUUUGCUUCAUGUAAUUGUUUCUUGCUGCUAUUCAGAAAGCUGUUUUUGGAAAUAUUUUUGAAUGCUCUGGAUCUUUAACAGGUGCUUGUGUUGCAAAUAAAAAUGCUUUUGCACCAAUCA